CAGGCUGUGUGGGUGGUGAGAGAGCACAAACUGAGCCACAGAUACUCUUUGCAACUGCAGUUCUCUGCUUGCAUAAACGUAUUCCAGGCUAAGACAGGGAAGCUGGCCAUCCUACAGCUGAAACUGGGAUGGUUUGUAGCUCUACCAGAUUCAUGAGGUGUUAGAUAUGGCUUCUUUUAAAUGCCAAGGCUGGUGUAAAUUGUAGGCUCUGAACCCUGUGCACACAGAGACUCAGUCACUGUGAUGAGAGUGACUGAUGAGUGGAAGAACCCUUUUCCUGGUCCUCUUUGUAGCUUGGAGCUUUUUCCUGGAAAGAAAUUGUGGCUUCAGAGGGACCAUGGCCUGGAAAUCAGCAGUCAGUGUUUGUCAGGUUCAACUCCAGCCAUGGCUUCCCCGUGGAGGUUGGUUCAGAUUCCAGCAUCCUCCAGCUGAAGGAGGCAGUUGCCCAGCGACAGGGAGUUCCAGCUGACCAGCUGCGGGUGAUUUUUGCAGGGAGGGAGCUCAGCAAUGACUUGACACUGCAGUGUGUUUUACUGUAGUGCCUCCUGAGAUUCCUUGUAAUUUUCAUGGCAUCGCUCCUUUCUCACUGAUCUAAAUGGAUGUUGACGUUUGAAGUUUGUUGAUUUACAAAAUGUCAGAUAAUUACAGAGAGAAAAUGAAUUAUAUCCUCCUUUCUCCAAAUGAAAAACUGUGACCUGGCACAGCAGAGCAUUGUUCAUAUUGUUCAGAAUCCACAGAAGAACAAUCAGAACAAGGAGAGGACAGAAGAUACCUGUGUUAGAGGUGCUCUGAAAACCUUGAAAAGAGAACCUGAGAGUUUAACUCGCAUAGAUCUCAGUACCAGCGUCCUCCCAUCAGUCUCUGCAGGGUUGGCAGUUAUUCUGGAUCCUGGAAAAAACAGUGUUUCACUUCCCGCUGAAAAAUCAGGUGCAGCAAGUUACAACAGUUUUUAUGUUUUUUGCAAAAAUUUCUGCCAAGCUGUGAAGCCUGGAAAACUGAGGGUCCGCUGCAGUGUAUGUAAACAAGGAACCCUGACGUUGGCAAGGGGCCCAUCUUGCUGGGAUGAUGUGCUAAUUCCCAACAGAAUAGGAGGUGUUUGCCAGUCCCAAGGGUGCGAUGGAAAUGUAGCGGAGUUUUACUUUAAAUGUGGAGCACACCCAACUGCUGACAGUGAAACAUCUGUGGCUUUGAACCUGGUUACAACAAACAGCCGCUGUAUCACAUGUAUAACAUGCACAGAUAUUAGGAGUCCUGUGCUUGUGUUCCAAUGUGUGCAUCGCCAUGUCAUCUGCCUGGACUGCUUCCAUUUGUACUGUGUGACCAUGCUGAAUGACCGCCAGUUCAUCCAUGACCCACAGCUUGGCUAUUCCCUCCCCUGUGUAGCUGGCUGUCCAGAUUCCUUGAUUAAAGAACUUCAUCACUUCAGGAUUCUGGGAGAAGAACAGUACGACCGCUACCAGCGCUAUGGGGCCGAGGAGUGCGUGCUGCAGAUGGGAGGAGUGCUGUGUCCGACCCCCGGCUGUGGGGCAGGUCUGCUUCCUGAGCCAGGGCUCAGGAGAAUCCUGUGUGAACCAGGCAACGGAAUAGGCUGUGGGACCGUGUUCUGCCGUGAAUGUAAAGAAGAAUUCCAUGAAGGGGAAUGCAACUCUCUCCUCAGCCCACCAGGAGCCAUGGCCCAGAAGGGGUAUGUAGUUGAUGAGCAUGCAGCCAUGCAAGCUCGAUGGGAAGAAGCAUCUAGAGAAACAAUCAAGAAGACAACCAAGCCAUGCCCCAACUGCAAUAUUCCAGUAGAAAAAAAUGGUGGCUGCAUGCACAUGAAAUGUCCUCGCCCUCAGUGCAGAUUUGAGUGGUGCUGGAACUGUGGCCUGGAGUGGAACAGAACCUGCAUGGGAGAUCACUGGUUUGAGUAGCAGGGCUGAGGCCAGUCCAUGUUGCUGCUAAAGCUUGUUUUUAUCAGGGUCAAAUUCUUGCUUAAACAAAAAUCCCAGUGGUUUUAGGGACACAGAGUUCAGAAGCUGGCCUAGUUUGUUGGCUUUUUGCUUUAUUGCAUAUGCAAUCAUACCAAAAUCACAUUGAAGUUAUGCCAAGGCUUUUAAAUCCAAGUUAAAAGAAUAAUUGUUUUAAUGAACAGACUUGCUCAUCGUGGUACAAAGAGGGCUAAAUUACAACUUUUUGAACUUGUGCAGGCUAUCAACAUGGACAGUUGGCAGGGCUACAAUGAGGAAUCUCACUUGACAUUUACAGUCAGGAACCCAUAACUCUUGCAAGAGGGAGCAGCCUGCAUAUGUGUGUGUGUCUCUGAGUGUGCGAGCAUCAAGGGGAGGUGGAAGAUGCUUCCUGUAUCAUCUGCUUUUUUUCUUCAACCACUUCUUCGCUCAUUCAGCACAAUUUUUGAUUUCAAGGCAGUAUUUCUUAACAGCAUUUUUGGCAGAGAGAAGGCUGUGGCUCCUUAGUGAUUUCUCAGGGUUUCUUGCUAACAGGCUUUCUGCAGGGGUUUUGCUUUCAAAUGAAAUUUUCAUGGAAGCAUCCAGCUUUAUGCUAUACUUGUGCUUGUGUAUUUGUGAUAUACAACACAAAGCCAGCCUUCCUACUCAUUAUAGACUUUGUUACCAUGGGAAGAUUAGCUAAGGAUGCAGUUUCAGCCCUGUCUGUGUCUGUUGGUGCAGUGGUGACUGGAUCCAAUUAUGUGUUGUGCAAGCUACACUCACAGGGCUUCAUUUUUCUUGUACUUAUGGAAUGCUUUGGAUGUGGCAAAGUGAAGCAGGAGGAGACUUCUCAGGGCUUUUCUCUACCAUGUUUCUUCUAAACUGAAUUAGAAUAUGGGUAUGAUUCUGAAAAUAUAUUUAUUGCUCUAAAGGUGUGGGGCAGAGGGACAGCUUCAUUUUGCAAUGUUAACACAGUACGUAAAGUUAAAUAGCAUUUCCAAGUCUGAACAAUUAAAGAUCUGUUUGUGAUCUUUACAUUGAUGUUUUACUCUGAAAUGAAAUGGGUAAUGUCCACAUGCAACACACCAUGUAAGGAUUUGCACAAUUUAGUUCUGGAAAAAACCGCACAAUAAAUAAAGUGGUCAAAAUUUUAAA